AUGACCAACCAGUACAGUUACAAAGACUACACACAAGCCCUUGCCGAACUUUCUGUCCCGCAGACAACUAAAGCCUUCUUUGCUGAAUCCCCCGUCAAGCCCUACUUGAGUUCCGGCCUCUAUCAACCGGUCCCAUUUAUCGCCCAAUUUCCAGCACCCAACAGGACAGCAAACUCGUUCUUCAGUCGCACCAUCAACACAAUUGACACCGUCGAGCACGCAAUGGGGCUCAUGCACCGUACGAUCUUCAGGUUAAAUCCACACACCACCGCCUCAGAGGUGGAAAUCGCGAAACUGGACGAGGAGAUGCGCGGCGUUCCGCCCUUUAUCCUACUUGUGAAGACAGGUAACGGGCUUAAUGGAUUUGAGGAUACAAUACAUGGAGGCGUUCUUGCCUCGUUACUCGAUGAGGCUCUUAGCUCCUGCGUUGAGCAGUACCGAGCUGCUUUAUCUGAUCAGAAAACGGCUCUCUAUACUGCUCGACUGGAUGUUUCGUACCGGGCGCCGGUGCCAUCGUGUUGCAUUCUAAUCAUAAAGACGUGGUUGCGCAAGAGAGAGGAUCGGAAGUGGUUUCUGAAAGCCGAGCUAUUGACGGGAGAUGGCUAUGUACGGGUCACUGCUAAUUCCCUGUGGAUCAGCCAGAAGACACAGUCGGGACUCUAG